CUCAAUUAAUUACAACAGAUAAAAAAAUCCGGGAAGGCCAAUGACAGGUCAGCUACGUAUGCCCUUGCAUAGGUAGGAUACUUUGCCACGCGUGCCCUCUCAAAUUUAAGAGUUAGGUCACCAAAAACUCCUGACACGUGUACAUCACACGUGAAAAGAGAAACGAUAUCGCCCUCUGACUGAGUGCCAUCUCUAUAAACUUAUAAGUUGUCCUCAUUCGCGGACUCAGUCUCCCACCCGCUCGUGUGCGCCCCGUUGUUUAACCCCCAUUUAAUUAAUACAAUUAAUUUAAUUAAUCACCCCCUUAAUCCCGCCAACUUAUACACUCAAACCACCCCUUUAAUAAACCCCUCACACCCUAAUCCAAAAACGGAACGGAAAGUUGGAAACCGUACCUUUUUCUCAACCGGUCAUCCAACAUGGUAACCCGCUUCAAACGGUAUCUCUCCCUUCCGGUGACCCGACCGCCCAAACGCCGUCCCGUUCCCGUACAGAAACGCCAUCACGUGCGAUCCACGAGCCUCCCGUGCCCAUCUCAUCCGUUGAUCUCGGAUCUCGAGGCUGAGAUCUGUGCCCUCCGAGCCUGGCUUCCCCGGUCCGGUCCAAACCGGUUCGGUUCGGUCCCGUCCGGUUUGAACCGGCUCGAGAGAGUGCUCUCCUCUCUCGCCGAUCUCCUCCGGCUUCCUCAAUCCCAAGAAUCGGUUCGCCGGUCCAAAGGAUCGGUCUGGACCGAACGGCUUCUAGAAGACUCGGUCCGGCUCGCCGACGGGUUUGGGAGCUUGAGAUCGGAGAUCAUGGCGGUGAGGGAUCACCAGUGGGAGGCCCAGACAGCGAUCAGGAGGCGAGAUGAAGCUCGAUUGGCGGCAAGCGCCAAAGCGAUGCGUUGUUGUGAGAAGGAACUCGUGCGGAUCGCGUCGGCGAUGAAGAGCGCCGCCCGAUCGGCAGGAACUCAGUCGGAGGCGGGGAUGAAUUGGGUGGUGAGGGACGCGAUCUCGGCGAUGGCGGAAGCGUCGGAGUCGGUGGUGUUUGGGAUCGCUGGCGCUGUGGCGGGGAAGAAGAGGGAGAUGGACGAUGAGGAGUUGGAGAAGAUGGAGGCGAUGCAGAGUGGGAGUGAGAGGGUGUUUAGAAGAUUGGUUGAUAUUAGGGUUUUGAUUCUCAAUGCUCUCACUCCUUGCUUGUAGAGCAAGC